AUGUCGUCCAAAAUCCCAGUCACCAUCGACGCCGCGAAAUCGCGUCGUUACGAUGCUAUCAUUGUUGGAGGUGGUGUGGCAGGCCUCGUUGCUGCCGCGCGCCUAAGUGAAGACGCGAAUAAAAGGAUAUUGGUAAUUGAGGCUGGAGAAGACCGUCGAGGGGAUCCUAGGAUAGACACUCCUGGUUUAUUCAUGGGCCUCUGGGGCGAUCCAGCGUACGAUUGGGGCUUUUGGACCGAACCCCAGGCGCACCUCAAUUCACGUCAGAUUCCUCAGCCCAGGGGGAAAGUCCUCGGCGGCUCCUCCGCGAUCAAUGUCGCAGCAAUCGUGUAUCCCUCUCAACGGGAUUUUCAGGCGUGGACGAGGCUUGGAAAUCGCGGAUGGAGCUACGAGGAUAUGGCGCCGUACUACAAGAAGUUCCACACUUUUUUCCCGGCGUCGAAGGAGACCAAUGAGCUCCUCUCCCUGGAUUCGUAUUUGGACCCGGGCCUCCACGGCACAGAUGGUCCAUUGCAGGCUACCUUUCCGAACUCGUACGGGCCGUUCAAUCAAGCCUGGAUGGCCGCUUUCAACGGCGCCGGCUUCCGCGACAGUAGUGACCCUAUCGUGGGGAAAAAGAUCGGCCCUUUCACUCCCCCCAAUUCGGUUGAUACUCAAAACCGUCGCUCCUACUCUGCGUCCGCCUAUUGUACGGGGGAAGUCGAGAAUCGGCCCAACCUCGACUUAUUGGCUGAAACUUUUGUGACCAAAGUUUUACUGCAGAGCUCAGACAGCGGAGUCGUUGAAGGGCAAGGGAUCCAAGUACGUGGUAAAGAUGGAAGUGUUAGCGAGAUAUAUACUGGGGAAGUGAUCCUUGCUGCCGGAGCCUUGCAGUCACCUCUGAUCCUAGAAAAUUCCGGCAUCGGUUCUCGUGAUAUCCUUGAGCGUUAUGGCAUUGAAACAGUCAUCGACAAUCCGGGGGUAGGUGAAAACUUGCAGGACCAUUGCUUCACUAGUAUCUCAUUUGAGGUGGCCGACGAUCAGGUGUCGGCAGAUAUUACUCGCGAUCCUACGAUAGUGAAAGCAUGGUUACAGGAGUAUAACACUUCACGAACGGGGCCUCUUUCUGGAAUACCGUUUAGCCUUGCAUACAUGCCCCCCGUUGACAUCAACGGUCGAAUGUCGUCUCAUGACAUCAAAUCCUUAACAGAAGCCCACAUGGAUCUCAAACAUCCAAACCUUCUUCCUCCUGGGAGGAAAGAGCAGUUUACAGAAUUACGAGACAUGGUCCUCGAUCCACAGGAAAGCUUGUGUUUCUAUGGUUUGAUGCCAAGUCAGAUGAAUAUUGAACUAGAAGGAAAGACCCCCAUAGGCCUGGCAUACAGCCAGCAGCGCCCUGAAAAUUACAUUUCAGUUAUGGUGGGCCUUAACCAUCCAUUCUCUCGUGGCAGUGUCCACGUUAGAAGUAGUGACCCACUGGUUAGCCCUGCGAUUGAUCCUGGUUACCUGUCUCAUCCUCUAGAUGUGGAGAUUCUCGCUCGUGGGACACAAUUCAUUGAGAAUAUCGUCAGCCAACAGGAGAUGAAACGACUAUUAAAAGACAGCCGUCUUCCCCCGCUUGCUAGCAACCUUGCAGACAUUGAAAUCGCAAAACAGGUUACAAAAGAGAGACUUUGGACAACGUAUCAUCCCUCUUGUACCUGCGCGAUGAUGCCUAGAGAUUUGGGAGGGGUGGUGAACGAUCGUCUGAUCGUUCAUGGCACCAAGAAUGUCCGUGUUAUUGAUGCUAGUGUUCUACCCAUGAUUACACUAGGCAAUAUCCAGGCAACCGUGUAUGCCGUAGCAGAGCGUGCAAGCGACCUGAUCAAAGAGGACUGGGCCGGCUCUAGUUAG